AUGACGCCAACUUCUGCUCCCUCAAUGGCCAAGUUUACUCUCGAAGACCUCAAAGGUCUUGGGCCAGCAGAGAAGUUGCCGGCCAUCCAGCAUACCACAGAAGGCUCAUCUACAACUUCCCGGAAACGAAAUGCCGCUCAGCGAUCGAUCUUUCAAGGCUACAAGGGAGCAACUAUGCCAAAUGACCCUAAGUCAAAGACCGAUGUGUUAGGAGUGAUGAACGAAUCAGAACAGGAGCCCAGUCCCAGCGCCUCGGAUUCGGAAGACGAGCAGAAUGCGACCCCAAGGACGCUCACAUUAUCGGAGAGACGCAAGGCUCAGAAUAGUAAAUUCUCGGCAUGGCUAUCAAAGCGCGCCGCCAAGAUCACGAAUGAGGAGGUGCAAGCAGUUGUCGAAAAUGCUAACGAGGAGAACCUUUCGAUCCGUAGCCUAAUGGCAAAACAAGAGUCUAACGUAAUUAUCACUGAUCCGAGGGAGUAUCAAUUAGAGCUAUUUGAGAAAGCAAAGGGGCAGAACAUUAUAGCUGUACUUGACACUGGCUCCGGCAAGACUCUUAUAGCUGUCCUCCUCUUGAAGCACAUGAUCGACAAGGAGCUCGAGGAUCGAGCAAUGGGCAAGAAGCGACGCAUUUCGUUCUUUCUUGUGGAUUGUGUGACACUUGUUUUCCAGCAAUUCGCAGUGCUCGAAUGCAACCUAGAUCAAAAGAUUGAACGUUUUUGUGGAGAAAUGGGCUGCGACCUCUGGGUGAAAGAAACCUGGGCGAAACACUUUGCCGAGAACGAGGUCAUUGUGUGCACGGCAGAGAUACUCAACCAAUGCCUGAUGCACUCCUUUAUAUCGAUCGAUGAUAUCAAUCUUCUUAUCUUUGACGAAGCACACCACACUAAGAAAAAUCAUGCCUACGCUAGAAUUAUCAAAGACUACUAUGUUACCCAAGAUGACCCAGCGAGGCGGCCAAAAGUAUUCGGUAUGACUGCAUCUCCGGUUGACGCGAGAGAAGACGUGGUCAAGGCUGCGAAAGAACUCGAAGCAAUGUUACACAGCCAAAUAGCGACGACCUCCGAUCUUUCUCUUCUGCGAAUGUCAAUAAGUCGUCCCAACGAAAGCCUCGCAGUGUACGAGCGAUUGGGCUACGCCUACGACACACCACUUUCAUCGUCGCUGAAGGCGAAAUUCGGUGACUUCGAAGCCUUGGCCAAAUUCUUCAGAAAUGCCCGAGAAGCUACUUCGCAGCUUGGCGAAUGGUGCGCGGAUCUUCUAUGGCGUUUCGUUCUGGAUGAGGAACAAGCGCUUAAAGUUGAGCGGAAGAUAGAACGGAAAUUCAAUCGAGACGCAAGAAAUCGUCCCGUGGCAAUGCUAGAUUCUGAGCUGGCCCGGUUGAAAGAGGCCAAGGAGAUGGUCAAGAAUUGGACGUUCGCUGAUCCCGACGUCUCAGGCAGCAGCCUGAGUUCAAAAGUCUUGCUCUUGUACCAGUACUUGAGCUUGAUCUUCGAGAAGCCGUCCGACGCCAAAUGCAUUAUUUUUGUCAAGCAUCGAUAUACUGCAAGGCUUCUUGCACAGCUUUUCAGCCGCAUCGGAACAGCCAACCUCCGCUUGGACUUAUUGAUUGGCAGUCGGUCUGGCGAUGUCGGCGACAUCAGCUUUAGUUUCAGGCAGCAAGUUCUGACUCUGAUGAAGUUCAGAAAAGGACAGAUCAAUUGCCUUGUUGCGACGUCCAUAGCAGAGGAAGGACUUGACAUUCCAGAUUGCAACCUGGUUAUCAGGUUAGCAAUGUCAAUUGACGAUGUCGGAAGAUUUGAGCUAAAGUGGCCUCAAAAUAGGUUCGAUCUUUAUGACACCCUGAUACAAUACAUUCAGAGCCGAGGACGAGCCCGUCAUGCGAACUCGAGGUACAUACACAUGAUAGAGGAAGACAACAGACUGCAUCUUCAAGCGGUAGCUGAUGUUCGCAAAGGCGAAGCGGUGAUGCGAAAUUUUUGCGAAGCGCUUCCAGCAGACCGCUUGUUACAGGGCAAUGACUACAAGCUAGAGGCAGCACUGGUGAAAGAGAAGUCCUACAGGAAGUACGUCGACCCUGAAACGGGAGCCACUUUGACCUAUGCGUCUAGCCUGGUCGUCCUCGCCCACUUUGUGGGAUGCCUCCCGCACCGUGACGAGGACUACACCCAUAAGGCUACGUAUUGCAUGUCUGUUGAAAACAAAAAUUUCGUGUGUGAAGUGAUAUUGCCCGAAAGCUCGCCUAUCCACAGUGCUACGGGCAGACCUUCGUCGAGGAAAGCCAUUGCAAGAAGAUCGGCCGCCUUCGAAGCAUGUCUCCUCCUUCGACAAGGCAGUCACUUGGACAAGAAUUUGAUACCAACGUAUCAUAAGAGUUUGCCGCACAUGAGGAAUGCUCAUCUCGCCCUGAACAUGAAAAAGGCUCACUCUUACAACAUGAAGAUGAAGCCAGGUCUAUGGGAGAGGACCCGGGGCUCUCUCCCAAGCGAGGUUUUCCUAACAAUUCUCUCUCUGAAAAACCCAGAGAAUCUUGGAAGACCUUGCCAGCCUCUUGCCCUACUGACGAGGACACGACUGCCAAACAUUCCGCCAUUUCCUCUCCACCUUCAGGUUGGGAAGGUAUCACAGCUUCUAUGUACGUCCAUCUCGACGAGCUUGGAUGUUAGUAGUACGGUAUUGACGGAAUUGAACGAAUUUACUCUUCGUAUCUAUUAUGACAUCUUUAACAAGAAGUUCGAGGCAAAUGAGCCUCAGAUGUCGUAUUGGCUAGCUCCGAUAGUCGACUCUUGGACAACCUCUCGUGAAUGUGAUCCGCCGAAUAGUUUGAUCGAUUGGGCUGUGCUUGCGCGUGUUUCCCAGUGUUCCGACACGCCCUGGACCGUCGACACGCCGCACGUUGAAAUCAUUGACCGCUAUCUGAUAGACAGGUGGACCGGGGGAAACCGCUUCUAUUCUCUCGAGAUCAAGCCAGAUCUGAAGCCCUGCGAUCCCGUGCCCGAAGGUACUGCUAAGGCUAAAGACAUGGACUCGAUAAUUAACUAUACCACGACUCAUCUCUAUAAGAAUUCCAAGCAGAAAAUGAAAUGGGAGGAUGAUCAGCCCGUCAUCCUCGCCCACAAGAUCCUUCAUCGACUGAACCUGCUCGACGAAAUUACGGAAAAGGAGAAGGGUGUGAAUACGACUGCCUACCUUUGUCCGCAACCUCUCAAGUUUUCCGCCUUGCCUACCACCGUUGUUGCAAUGGCUUAUUUGUUUCCGCCAUGUAUCAGUCGUAUCGAGUCGUACCUAAUAGCAGUGGAAGUAUGCGACCUCUUAGGCUUGGCUAUUCAGCCAGCGCUAGCUCUUGAGGCUCUGACCAAAGAUUCCGACAAUACCGACGAACACAGGAGCGAACAGAUCCAUUUGCAGAGGGGCAUGGGUAAGAACUACGAAAGACUUGAAUUCAUCGGAGAUUGCUUCUUGAAGAUGGCGACUUCGAUCUCAGUGUUCUGCAAGAGCCCAGAAGAAAAUGAGUACGAUUAUCAUGUGAAACGCAUGCUUAUGAUCUGCAACAAGAACCUGUUCCACACGGCGACGUUUCUCAAACUCCAAGAAUUCAUUCGCAGCACGAGUUUCUCAAGGCGCACAUGGUAUCCCCAGGGCAUCAAACUCCUGGAAGGUAAGGGUUCCAAAAAAAGUGGCGAAGUAACAUCACAACAUUCUCUUGGGGACAAGACGAUCGCGGAUGUUUGCGAAGCCUUGAUUGGUGCAGCCCUACUCUCGCACGAUAGUAUGGAUAUGGCGGUCAAAGCCGUGACGGCCUUCGUCUCCAAUCCCAAUCACGACGUUACUCAAUGGGAUGAUUAUUAUCGUCUUUACUCUUUGCCACGUUACCAGACAGCUCACCCUACGGCAUCGCAACUCAAUCUAGCAAUGCAAGUGGAGCGAGUGCAUCAAUACCGCUUCAAAUAUCCGAGACUGCUACGAUCGGCUUUCAUACACCCUUCGUAUCCUUUCGCAGAAGAGAGGAUCCCCUGCUAUCAACGACUCGAAUUCCUGGGUGAUGCGCUACUCGAUAUGGCAUCCAUAAGCUUCCUUUUUCAUCGCUAUCCUGACAGAGACCCGCAGUGGCUGACGGAGCACAAGAUGGCCAUGGUAUCCAACAAAUUUCUUGCCGCUGUCUCCGUCAAACUAGGCUUUCACAGGCAUCUUCGUUCAAAUGGCGCAGUUAUCGAGAGCCAGAAUCGUGAAUACGUGCAAGAUCUUGAGGAGGUGGAGAAAGACGCCAAUGGGGCGCGGGACUAUUGGACUUUGACAAAAACAGCUCCAAAGGCUCUCUCUGAUAUCGUGGAGUCUUACAUCGGCGCCCUCUUUGUUGAUUCGGAGUUCAACUACGGAGAAGUUGAACGCUUCUUCAACGAGCACAUCAAAUGGUUUUUUGAAGACAUGAAAGUCUAUGAUACCUACGCUAACAAUCAUCCUACGACCUACCUCCAUAACCUCCUCUCUCUCUCCUUCGGCUGCACCAACUACCGUAUCAUGGCCAGCGAGGUCCCAGCCAUCAUCCCGGGUGGUCUUCCAACUGCCAUAGCAGCCAUCAUGAUCCACGACGAGGUUGUGGCAGAAGGUACCGCUAGCUCUGGAAAGAACGCGAAGGUCAAAGCUAGUAGUCAGGCCCUCAAACUGCUGCAGAAUUUGGCACCAUUUGAGUAUCGGCACUCUUACGGAUGUAAUUGCGAGGGUAAGGAGCAAGAUUGGGUCGGCAAGGCCGGUGACGGCGUGGGUAUGGCGGGGCAACUGAAGAGGGGGCAAUGGGAUGAGAAGGAGGAGGAUUCGCUGCGAGCUAAGAUUGCUAAAGGUGUGGAGAUUGCUAAAGGAAAGGAGGUGCGUUGA